GCUCGUAUUUCAUAUCAAGUUAGUUGAAGCCUAGGACUGCGGCUGGACUGGUUGACGUAUUUUCAGGCGGCACUAUCUUGUACUAUUUAUAUCUAUAUGGACCAUGUCUUCGUCUAGAUUAAAAUUUUUCAUCAAGAGAUGUCGUUUGAAACAACCUAUUGUUCGAUGAAAGAAAUAUCGCUUUUAUGAUAAAAGAAUCCCACCACAUAUAUUUGAUGUUUAAACUGUGUGCAGAUUACGGUGCUGUUUAUGCAGUUAGGCCGUGGAGACGACCGUGCCGUGUACAGACCGUCAAUUUGUCCCUUGCGUCGGGGUCUGACAUGAAACGCUUUCCCCCAAGGUGUACCUUGCUUGACUAUGGUUAGAGGUGGGUCAGCGGCGUACAUCCACAAGCUGCAGGAAUCCACUUCUACUGCUGAAUUUCGGCUGAUAGUUUUUACUUGACGGUGCAGGGUUGUGAUAUGCAGCUAGAUACAAUGGGAGUGAAGCGAAAGUUUGAUGACCUUGAAGCCUCUGUGGAUCUUCAAUGUUAUGGCAAGCAACGUCAGUCUAUAUUAAAUAUCACAAUGCAGAAGUUAUGCACAAUACCAGAACGGCGCGUUGAGCCACCACUUUAUCGGAAUGUCCUCAUUCGCAAUACCUUAAAGCAUAUAGAACAGGAGUUGCAUGAUGAAGGCAUCACUUUACCAAUGAUGCCCUCGAUGGAUUCAAAUUUCUCUUAUACCAAUAUGGAUUCUUCUGACUGUUUUCUUGAUCAUCUACCUACUGACUCUUCUGAUAGUCAGGACAAAGGAAAUCAUGAUAUUGUGAAUAGUAUUACUGGCCUUCGCCCUUUAGACUAUACAACAUCUGAACAUAUGGACAUGACAGAGACUGGAGAGACUAACAUUGCUGUAUCGCCAACAGUUCGGUCAGUCAAUGGGGACAGUUCCUCCAGCUCUGUUGUCCCCCUUAUGACUUCACUAGAUAGGCUAUCGACUUUUGAAGGCAGUGUUAGCAUUGCCCAGAUCCCAAGUCCUACUAGUCCACUUCAAAAAGCUGAUGACAUUUUUGGGGAUAUUGAUUUAUCGCCCUUUGAUGUAGAUUUUGUGGCACUGGCCAAUUCGAGCAGUAAGCUCACACCACUUAGUGCCGAGGAAGUUUUGCAUACAUUUCCAGGUGUGACCACCACAAACCUGUCCUCUCCAACAUCACCAUCCUCAGCGACAGCUGAGACACCUACCUAUACAUCACUAAUAAACACUCAGUGCAGUUCAUAUUGUAGAACAGAUGUUCUAGAAGACUUAGACAAUAUAAUGCAGAUACUUAUAGAAAUUUAGCACCAGACCUGAUGGUGUUAUAAAUUAUCAGUUAUUUUUUCUUUUUCAUUAUAUUUUCAUUAUUAUUGUAGCUAUUUUAAAUUAAUCUAAAUUGAGUUUCAAUAAUUAUUUACUACUACACUAGGAAAUCUUUCUUCAAAAUUAAGUGUAUAAUUUUUCCCUAAGUUAUUUAUAUUUUAAAAUAAUCUCUACUGAGAUUAACCCCUCCCCACAUUUUUUUAUUUACCAAAAUCUAAUAUUUAAUUUAAUUCAAAAUAAUUAGUAGAGUCCCUGUAAUAUCUUCUAUCAGCAAAAGUAUAUGUUACUGACCAAUUUCUUUUAGGUUGAGGGAUCACUUUUCAAAUUCCCCUGAAUCUAAACCAAAGGUUAUUAAGGAAGGAUCAAGUUUCUUCCAUUUGAAUACAUGUAUAUAUAAAUAUAUAUACACACACAUACACACAGACAAUAUGCAUGUUUGUAUGUGUGUGUAUAUAUAUAUAUGUAUUAUGUAUGCAUGUGUGUAUGUAUAUAUGUAUUAGAUGUGUGUAUGUAUACAUGCUCACGCAACACAUAUAUACAUACUUACACUUUUCUAAAAAUGUAAAUUAUAAGCAAAUGCCAUUCCAGUUAGUUAAAAAAAAAUAUAUUACCAUUAUUGUAUCCCCAUUACCACUUAACCAAGCCAAGAAAGUUUGAGCUGUUAUGACCGCGGGCCUACAUUUUUGCAUGUAUGAUUGUGUGCGUGUGUAUGGCUGUGAGAUAGCGAGAGAAAAAGACAAAAAAAAGGGACGAAUGAGCGAGGGAGAAAACUUUAGCACUAAGGUGGUUUGAGGGUAUGUUGAAUAUUUGUUUUAAAAAAAUUAAAAAUAAUUAUAAAAAAAAUCCUUUUCAAAAUGUUGCCAUUAUUGGCUGUAAUGUUUAUUUAUUAAAACUUAGAGAAUAAAAAUUGUCAUAUAAUAAUAACAAACCUAAACUCCCCCUAAAACCUAGUUUAUAUAUAUCUGACAGAAAAAAAAAAUGUAAUCAAAAACAUCAACAGAGCCACAAAACUAUUUUCUAUAUAUGUACUUGAUGGCAGCAGAUUGUUAAUGUGUGAUCCACUAUGAUGAUUUGAACACCAUCUACAUUCACUUGUAUUAUCAGAGCCACUGAAUAUGGUUUUUCAUGUAUGUGUGGUUGAAUGUGUAUCCGAGUGUGUAUAAGUGCACGUUUUCACAUGCAAGUGCAUAUAUGUACAUAUGUAUAUAGAAUAUUUGUAUGUUUGCGUGUGUGCAUGGAGAUGAAUAGGCUGAGCCUAAUAUUGAACAGUGUCCAGUGUGGAUAUUGCUGUGAUAUACAAGGUCAAAUUGUUUUAAAAUUCAGAAUUUUAUUUCUUUUUAUGCUUGUAAUGGCAUAAUUUGGAGGAGGACAGAGGCAAAGUAAUUGGGAAAAAAAAUGUGUGUGUGUGUAUAUAUAUGUAUAUGUAUGUACAUAUAUAUAUAUGUGUGUGUGUGUGUGUAUAUAUAUAUAUAUAAUAUAUAUAUAAAUGUGUGUAUGUGUAAUUACAUGGAUGGAGAAAUCCAAAUAAAACCAAACAGGAUCUGAUGCUAUUUCUUUCACCAUCUCAUGAAAUAAACAGAGGUAAGAAUUAGAGAGCUUGAAUCCAACCAACCAACCAAAGCAGAAAAUUCAAAUUUCCAGCUUGGGAACUUACACAGGAAGAAAAAAAAAAAGACAGUAAAAGAAAAAUAAAAAAGACUAAAAGGGUCCUUUUUCUAUGCAGUUAGUGCCUUGGAUGGAGUUAUUAAAUGUAACUUCUACUGGAAGAACUAUUUACAGCUACCAAUGUAAUUAUUGAUAAUACUACUGCUCUGUUUUCUCUUUAGCAUCCUUUGCCUCCACUCCAGCAACUGAAUAUCUUUGGUAUGAAAAACAAAGAAGCUCGUCUUACAUACAACCCACCCUAAUAAUGAUUAUAAAAAAAAAAACUUUAAAAAAAAA